CUGGAGGCCGACGGGCCGAACCGGAACCGGACCCGCUUUUUCCCCAAACUGAGCGCGCUCAGCCCGGUGCUGUAGGGCUGCUAACUCAGCGGCUAACUUUAGCCUACAAAGAGGAACUGUUGCUACGGUUCCGUCUGGAUCCAUGUCAGCUACAAACUUCCGGAAAAGAAGCCGUGCCGAGCCAAGCCGGGCCAGCAGAUAACCCACCGGCUGUGCAGUCAGAAAAAGGAGCUGGUGAUGCCGGGUGGAAGUCUGGUCCCGUAAAAGAACCAAAGUGAAGUUCGAGCAGCCUCUCAGCCCUUCAAAGUUCAGGUGUUCCGAAGCGGACAGGGCGGCUUCAUGACUGGACCUCCGUCACACUGACCCCGGUAUCAUGUCCACCAGGACCCCCCUGCCCACUGUCAACGAGCGGGACACCGAACAGCAUACCGCUGGAGACGACAAGCAUGGCGAGGUGUCCCGCUCCAUCCGCUCUGCUCGCUGUAAAAACUCCUCGGCGGCCACCGGAGACGAUUCGCCUCACGUUGGGAACUACCGGCUGAUGAAAACCAUUGGGAAGGGAAACUUCGCCAAAGUGAAGCUGGCUCGGCACAUUCCGACGGGACGAGAGGUGGCCAUCAAGAUCAUCGAUAAGACCCAGCUGAACCCCACCAGCCUGCAGAAGCUCUUCAGAGAGGUCCGAAUCAUGAAGAUCCUUAAUCACCCCAACAUCGUGAAGCUGUUUGAGGUGAUCGAGACAGAGAAGACUCUUUACCUGGUGAUGGAGUAUGCCAGUGGAGGUGAGGUGUUCGACUACCUCGUAGCUCACGGGAGGAUGAAGGAGAAGGAGGCCAGAGCUAAGUUUAGACAGAUUGUCUCUGCAGUCCAGUACUGCCACCAGAAGCACAUCGUUCACCGGGACCUCAAGGCGGAGAACCUCCUCCUGGACGCCGACAUGAACAUUAAAAUAGCAGAUUUCGGCUUCAGUAACGAGUUCACGGUCGGUGGGAAGCUGGACACUUUCUGUGGUUCUCCUCCUUACGCUGCUCCAGAACUCUUCCAGGGUAAGAAGUAUGAUGGACCGGAGGUGGACGUGUGGAGUCUGGGAGUGAUCCUCUACACUCUGGUCAGCGGCUCUUUGCCGUUUGAUGGACAGAACCUAAAGGAGCUCAGAGAGCGCGUGCUGCGAGGAAAGUACCGGAUCCCCUUUUACAUGUCGACUGACUGCGAGAACCUGUUGAAACGCUUCCUGGUGCUGAACCCGGGGAAGAGAGGAACCCUGGAGCAAAUCAUGAGGGAUCGCUGGAUCAAUGGUGGAGAUGAAGAGCAGCUGGAGCCAUACUUGGAACCAGAGCUGGACAUCAGAGACCAUAACAGGAUUGACUUGAUGGUGCAGAUGGGUUACUCCAGAGAGAAGCUCAAUGAUUCCCUCUCCAAGAUGAAGUACAAUGACAUCACCGCCACCUACCUGCUGCUCGGGCGAAGGACUGCUGAGAUGGAGGCGGGCGACGCAUCCUCCCUGUUGAAACCUCGUCCUUCCAGCAGCAGCAGCCAGUCUCCUGCUCACCUCCUCAACCAGCGUACCUCCUCCUCCUCUUCCUCCACCUCCAAACAGAGGAGGUACAGCGAUCAAGUGUGUCCCGUUUCCUCGACCGCUCACCCCCCAAGAAGACAAGCUGCUGGAGACGGGGAGUCCAAGCACGAGGGGGGAGGUCAGAAUAAAAAGUCCAGUCCAGUUGAGGCCGGCAGUCCGCUGCUUGGCAACGCUAACAACCCCAACAAGAGUGACAUCCCUGAGCGCAGGAAGAUAUCAGCCACGCCCCCUACGUCCUCAUCCAGCAUGACGAGGAGGAAUACGUACGUCUGCAACGAGCGGAGCUCCACAGAUCGGACAGCAUCGGUCCACAACGGCAAGGAGAACAGCUCAUUGACCACACCCACCCAGCGCUCCGUGGGUGGAACCUCCACCCACAGCGUCAGCAGUGGAGCCACGCCUCCCGACCGGCUUCGGUUUCCUCGAGGAACGGCGAGCCGUAGCACCUUCCAUGGCGGACAGCUCAGAGAAAGGCGCACUGCCACCUACAACGGACCCCCGGCCUCCCCAAGCCUGUCUCAUGACGCCACGCCCCUCACCCAGUCACGGUCGAGAGGCUCCACCAACCUGUUCUCCAAAUUCACUGCCAAACUGACUCGAAGAAGGAUGUCGGAGGUGGAGAGGAACGGCAGACCUGAAGGGUCCAGCCGUAACGUGACAUCUGAUCAGAGGGAGGAGCCUGCGUCCCCCACCGCUCCUCACCUGAAGGACUCCAAGCCGCGCUCCCUGAGGUUCACCUGGAGCAUGAAGACCACGUCCUCCAUGGAGCCUAUAGACAUGAUGAGGGAGAUCAGGAAGGUCCUGGACGCCAACAACUGCGACUAUGAGCAGCGUGAAAACUUCCUGCUGCUUUGCGUGCACGGAGACGGGCACGCCGACAGCCUCGUCCAGUGGGAGAUGGAGGUGUGCAAGCUGCCCCGCCUCUCGCUCAACGGCGUCCGCUUCAAGCGCAUAUCGGGAACGUCCAUUGCCUUCAAGAACAUCGCCUCCAAAAUUGCCAACGAGCUCAAACUGUAGAUGCACAGGUGCAGGGAGUGACAGGUGAAGACGGAAAGGGAGGAGUGAAGAGGGAGGGGCCGGAACGAUAGGAAAUGAACGAGAGAUCUGAAAAAUGAUUGAUCUUUAAUUGACCGCAGUUUGAUGCAUCUGACUGAGGAUUGGUUGCUUUACUCUCCUGUCUGUCUGCUGAUUGGACACAUCUGGAUUCAUCAGUUAUUGGUGAAGCAGUCUGUCUGCCCGUCUGUCUGUCUGUCUGUGUAUGUACGGGGUUUCCCUCCCUGCUCAGCCAGGGCUGCACCACAUCUGGAUGAUUGGACUUUAGUGCAAAGGAUCAUGGGACUCUGAGGCCCAGCUGUUACUUUUUAUUUUCAAAGAGCCUCCGCAGACACUGACCUGCAGGUGUUUUUGGCU